AAUACCUUCAGUCGCCUUCUGAAGCAUCUUCAGCCUAUGACCUGCAGGAGAAGCAUCUUCCACAGCCCCUACUUUGGCCACAGCAACAUGGCUUUGGGGCUUUGGAUUCCCAUCCUCCUCCUCCUGCCUGGCCUCUCGGACGGAGGGAAGCUCCUGGUGGUGCCCAUGGUGGGGAGCCACUGGCUGAGCAUGCAGGAGGUGGUGGAGAAGCUGAGCGAGAGAGGACACGAGGUGGUGGUGCUUGUCCCCGAGGUGAGCUGGCAGAUGGAGACGACGCAGGCCUACAAGGUGGUCAAGCACCCGGUGACACAGACCCUGGAGGAGCUGGACCAGUCCUUUCRGGAAUACGUGGCCAUGCACCUGACAGAGAAGCCUUUCCCCCUGAACGCCAUGGCGCUGUAUGAGAGCUCGGUGCAYGUUUUCAGCACCUUCUUCGGCCAGUGCAAGGACCUGUUCCGCAGCCAGGACACCCUGAGCUUCCUCAACCAAAGCCGCUUUGACGCCAUCCUGACCGAUCCGGCCUUCAUGUGCGGGCCCGUCCUGGCCAACUAUUUGUCCCUUCCCUUCGUGUUCUUCAUGAGGGGGUUCCCUUGCAACAUGCACUUCACAGCGCCUCAGUGUCCGAGCCCUCUGUCCUACGUCCCCAGGCUCUUCACCUUCAACUCGGACCGCAUGACCUUUUUGCAGAGGGUGGAGAACACGCUGAUGUCCCUCCUGGAGCUCCAGUACUGUAACGGUUUCUACGGAGAAGUGCUGAAGCUUUCCUCAGAAGUUCUUCAGAGGGAUGUGUCCCUCAUAGACCUGGUGAACUCYGCUGCCAUUUGGCUCCUGAGAUUUGACUUCGUGUUCGAGUACGUCAGGCCAGUGAUGCCCAACAUGGUCUUCGUUGGGGGGAUCAACUGUGCUAAGCAGAAACCGCUGUUGAAGGAAUUUGAAGCCGUGGUGAACGCCUCCGGUGAGCACGGCAUCGUUGUCUUCUCGCUGGGCUCCAUGGUGUCCGAGAUCCCCAUGAAGAAAGCCAUGGAAAUCGCCGAGGCCUUGGGAACGGUCCCUCAGACGGUGCUGUGGCGCUACACGGGCAAGGCACCCCCCAACCUGCCCAAGAACGUGAAGCUGGUCAAGUGGCUGCCUCAGAACGACCUCCUGGCCCACCCCAAAACCCGUGCCUUCAUCACCCACGGUGGCUCCCACGGCGUCUAUGAGGGCAUCUGCAACGCCGUGCCCAUGGUGCUGAUGCCCCUAUUCGGGGACCAGAUGGACAACGCCAAGCGCGUGGAGUCGCGGGGAGCGGGGCUGACCCUCAACAUCCUGGAAAUGACCUCCAGCGACAUCUCCAACGCCCUGAAAGCUGUGAUCAACGAGAAAAAGUACAAAGAGAACAUCAAGCGCAUGUCGGAACUGCACCUGGACAGACCCAUCCACCCGCURGACCUGGCCGUGCACUGGGUGGAGUUUGUGAUGAGGCACAAGGGGGCCCCUCACCUGCGCCCCGCCGCCCACGACCUCAACUGGGUCCAGUACCACUCGCUGGAUGUCAUCGCCUUCCUGGCAGUCGUGGUGCUGCUCUCGCUCUACAUCUCCUUCAAGUGCUGCCUGUGCUGCUGCCGCAGGUGCUUCUGCAAGAAGGGCAGGACGAGGAAAUCCACCAAAGCCAAGGCUCACUAGUGCCUGGAACCCGCCAGCGCCCCAAAACCCCUCCUCCGGAUCAGCGGCGGGGACGGAGAGCGGCUCAAAUUGCACCGAAAUGAAUAAAAACCACUACGAUUUUCA